AGAAGGAUCUGAUCUGGUCAUCUGCUCCUUCUUGAUCUCUUGUUUCAUGUCCCUCCUCCUCCUCCAGUCCUUCUCAAUGGGUUGCGGCAUUUCAAAUUUUGGCAUUGAAAAUCUGGCAGUCCCAGGUUGCUUUACAAACAACUUCCAUCAAGACAAUGCUCAACCCACUAAUUAUCAGGAUGCUGAUAAUGCCCGGAAACAGACCCUGAAAAAUAUCAAGACGAGGAGCGUUGAUUCUGAUGAAUCGAUGGAGAAGAAAGAGGAGCCUGAAAAUGAGAAGGAAGAGCAGGAGGGCCUCGGCAAGGAAAAGAUCGAGGAGCAUAGGCAGAGUAUUGAAGAUGAGGAAACAGAGCUUUGUGAUGAGAGGGAAGAUAGCCUGAUUGCUUCUGUAUCGCCAAGUUUUAAGGUCUACUGCCUCGACAGUGACUCGGAGAAUAGCAACAACAAAUUUGGUGAUGGAGCAAAAAGUGAAAACAAGUCAAAGGUGUCUACGAUCCAAAUAGACAGUAAAGGGAGAAAAGGAAGAGGAUUUAGGAGUGUUUUAAGAAAGACCAGGCCUGCAGGAAAGAAAACAUCUUUUCGAGAAAAUUCCUAGCUAGAAACUGGUUGGAAAA